CCAGUUUAUAUUAAAACCCUUCCACUACACUGUUCCACAAAACCCUGCAACCUCUCAUUUCACACACAGAAAAAAUCAUGGCUAAAGUUAAGAUUGGAAUCAACGGAUUUGGAAGAAUUGGCCGAUUGGUGGCUCGGGUUGCUCUCCAAAGAGAUGAUGUCGAACUUGUUGCAGUUAACGACCCAUUUAUCUCAGUUGAUUACAUGACAUAUAUGUUUAAGUAUGAUAGUGUACACGGCCAGUGGAAGCAUCAUGAGCUCAAGGUUAAGGAUGAGAAGACCCUUCUCUUUGGUGAGAAGGCUGUUACUGUUUUUGGCUUUAGGAACCCAGAGGAGAUUCCAUGGGCACAGACAGGAGCUGAUUACAUUGUGGAGUCGACCGGUGUUUUCACCGAUAAGGACAAAGCUGCUGCUCAUUUGAAGGGUGGUGCCAAGAAAGUUAUCAUUUCCGCCCCUAGCAAGGAUGCUCCUAUGUUUGUCGUGGGUGUCAAUGAGAAGGAAUACAAGCCAGAGCUCAACAUUGUUUCAAACGCUAGCUGUACCACGAAUUGCCUUGCUCCCUUGGCCAAGGUUAUAAAUGACAGAUUUGGAAUUGUUGAGGGUCUCAUGACCACAGUCCACUCCAUUACCGCCACUCAGAAGACUGUUGAUGGGCCAUCUGCCAAGGAUUGGAGAGGUGGAAGAGCUGCUUCAUUCAACAUUAUUCCCAGCAGUACUGGAGCUGCCAAGGCUGUCGGUAAAGUGCUACCAGCACUGAAUGGGAAGUUAACCGGAAUGGCUUUCCGAGUCCCAACUGUUGAUGUGUCUGUGGUUGAUCUCACAGUGAGGUUGGAGAAAGAAGCUACCUAUGAUGAGAUCAAAGCUGCCAUUAAGGAGGAGUCUGAAGGAAAAUUGAAGGGAAUUCUAGGUUACACUGAAGAUGAUGUGGUAUCCACGGAUUUUGUGGGAGACAAUAGAUCAAGCAUAUUUGAUGCCAAGGCUGGAAUUGCUUUGAGCAAGAAAUUUGUCAAGCUUGUUGCAUGGUACGACAACGAAUGGGGUUACAGCACACGAGUGGUGGACUUGAUUGUUCACAUGUCAUCAGUUCAGUAAACGUGGCAGUUCACUCAUUGGUGGCGAAGUGUGGUGGCGGUGCUGGUGGUGAUCCUGUUCUUCGUUGUUAGAUAAAACAGUUUAUAAUAAAGUGUUCUCUCGGACCACAAAUGCGUGGAUGUUUGAUGUGAUUUAGGGGCUAUACUCUUGUUUAGGUGUGUUCAAUUGGAUUUAGACCUCUUCACAUUCCGAGAAUGAGUCUUAGUGACACUGGUAUAUGUGUUUCUGUUGUUUUGUUCUGUUGUGAAUGUAUAAUAACGUUGAAACUUGUUUAGUGCUUUUGCUUCCCCGUUUCUUUACUA